CACUGAAACUCGUCACAUUCUCAUCUCGUCAUGAUGUAUUUCUCUUUUGUGAUAGGCAUUCUGCUCAGCGGUUAUGCCAUGGCAUCGAGGCUCUAUGCAGCGUCGUAUGCGGGCACAGUGACAGAGUUGCGUCUAUCCAAACCUGGCUUACACUAUCACCUUGCGGCUGUUUCCCACACCAACGAAUGUGGUACCAGCCCGUCAUGGCUCAUGGUCGACAGAGCGAAUGGCAUUCUGUACUGCCUGGAUGAAGCUGUUGACUUUGCCAACGCUACCCUAAGCUCACUCAAGAUGAACUCAAAUGGGUCGUUGGCAACGGUUCAGCAGCUCCAGACCGUUGCUGGUCCUGUUUCUUCAACGUUCUAUACACCAGCUCAUGCACCAGAUCGCCAAUUUCUUGCUCUUGCUCACUACUCUGGAUCCGCCAUCACGACCUACUCUGUUGAUCCCAUCGAAGGGACCUUCAACCGCUCUCAGACAUUGACAUUCACAAUGUCGAACCCGGGCCCAGUGUCUGACAGACAGGACGUUCCGCAUAUUCAUGAAGUUCUAGUCGACCCUACUGGAAGGUUCCUCCUUGCUCCUGACCUAGGUUCCGACCUCGUCCGCAUUUUCCAUAUCAAUCCAACGACCGGCCGCUUAAUGGAGCAGCAGCCCCUGGUUACAUCGCCAGGAUCAGGACCGAGGCAUGGUGCCUUUUGGUUUCCUCAAAUGGCAGGGACAAAUAUAUCAGAGAAUUCCCGGUUCUAUCUAGUGUCGGAGCUCGAUAACUACCUCAGGGGAUACGAUGUGACUUAUUCGCCUAAUGGAACCAUGCUCUUCUCCCAGUUCUAUGAAUGCAAUACGUAUGGGGGAGUCACUCCUCCAGCUGGUUCAACGGCUGCGGAAAUUGCCAUCUCACCCAGUAAUGACCGCCUCCUUGUCUCGAACCGCGGCGACAACACCUUUGGGCAUGGCAACGACUCCAUUGCUAUCUUCUCUCUUCCAGAUUCAAUGGAAGAUGAAAUCUCUUUCCUUGGUUUAUAUCCAGCUUAUGGUUCCUCCCCGCGCCACUUUGAGUUCUCGCCAGAUGGGGAUAUGUUAGCGGUGGCACUGCAGAACAGUCACCAGGUAGCGAUCAUCGGGUGGGAUGCAAAGCGCGGUGCUCCUGGUUCUCUCCUUGCGGAUGUCACACUGGACGGGGAGAUACCUACUGUUGUUUGGGGUUUGGGUUUGGAUGAUGGUAUGUAA